AUGACAAAACAAGAUUUUGUUAAAGACAUACACCCACACUACUUUCUACCUCAUCAUGGGGUACUGAAGGACUCUAGCACGACCAAUUUAUGGACAGUGUUUGACGCCAGUAGCAAAACCAGUUCCGGUCACUCUUUAAACGAUAUUCUUUUGACAGGACGUAAAUUACAAACUGACAUUUGUGACGCAAUUUUGAACAUCCGCUCUCAUAAAAUUGUGUUUUCAUGUGACAUUCGGCAAAUGUACCGCCAAAUACAAGUGCACCCUGACGAUCAACAGUUUCAACCAAUUCUGUGGCGUGACGACCCUUCAAAGGCAAUCUCUACGUUUCAACUUACUACCGUCACCAUGAACAGCUCCCCCUACUUUGCUAUCAAAACUUUAUUAGCGGAAAACGAAGGUGAUGCCUUCCUUCAGGCUUCUCACUCUCUACGUCAUCACACCUACGUGGACGACAUUAUCACGGGUGCUGACUCCGUUGAGGCUGCUCUUGAACUACAGGAUCAACUUAUCCAACUUCUACAUCGUGGUGGCUUUGAACUUCGCAAGUGGGCCUCCAACUCCUCUGCUCAUCUAGAAAAAUUUCCUACGGAACAUCUAGAGACUCCAAGUUUCCUGCAAGACGCUCAACUUCACCAGUACUCCAUCCUAGGUCUCCAUUGGUCCCCUGAAGAAGACUGUUUCUGUUACGCUUUCGACCCCCCGUCUGAAAAGCUGACUAAGCGCUCCGUGCUCAGCUUUAUUGCCUAA